AUGGAACAUAAUUCACCUGUUAUAAUUCUGCCGCUGGAACAGCGUCGUCCCAAGCUGCGGCGGAUGGUGGCGUUAAUCUUUUUAAUCUUCGUGCUUGAUUUUGCUACAGCAAAGAAUCCCAGGGACAGUUUUUGCCGCCGGUUCGCACAUCAGACCACAGUAAUCGACGACAAAUUGUACAUCGAUGGAGGUUGGGUCAACUUCGAUGAUUUCCAACAAACACAUAAGAACUAUUCCAAUACUUGGUUGGGGUACCACGACCUCAAUCACCUUGUUGAAAGGUCUGGCGAGCUUUGGCCAGAUCUCAACAUUACUCUGAGCAAGAACGACAGUAUCCCGACCGUCCAUGGGGGAGUCCUGUGGGGAGACGAGGUCAACAAACGUUUCUAUGUCUACGGGGGCGAAUGGAACGAGGGGUUCGCACAAGAGCCCUAUAGUUUACUCAGCUAUGACAUCAUCUACGACAAAUGGGAUGACUUUGGAAGUCCCAAGAUAGCACCUCCACCGAAAGUUGCCUCGUAUGGUGCCGGGGUUGGCGUUUCUGAGACAGGCAUGGGCUAUUAUCUUGGUGGGUGGGUGAGCAAUGCCUCGAUGAGCGGCUGGAGCAAUGGGCGAACCAUGACCUCCAACUUCUACACAUACUCUUACGACUCGGGCGACUUCCAACAAGCUGCCAGUCCAGACAAACAACCAAGAGCUGAAGGUGGUAUGGUCUGGAUUCCUGCUGGAGAUUCUCUUGGCAUGCUUGUCUAUCUUGGAGGCAUUGUGGACCCUUAUGAUAAUGGCACAGAAGCCCCUCAGUCUUUUGACGAGGUUUUCGUCUUUGAUACCGUGGGAAACUCUUGGGCAACUCAGAAAACAACCGGAAUUAUACCGCAAAACAGACGCCAGUUCUGCAUCGAUGUUGCUUGGGCGCCUGACAAAUCAACGUUCAAUAUCUAUCUCUGGGGAGGUCUAAGCGUCCAACCACCAGUUGUCAAUGCUACAUCAUUCAACGAUAUUUAUAUCCUGACCUUACCGUCAUUCACAUGGGUCAAGGCUUAUCCAGACCAUAAAGGAAACGCUACGCUUCCUCCGGUGUAUGGCCACUACAGUGCCUCCUGCAAUAUGGUUAAGCAUAUGUCACAGCUUUUCGUAAUCGGUGGAACCUAUACCGACACAGACGCUUGCGAUCUUGCAGUUAAUGCCUGGGCGAUGCACAACUUUUGGACAGGUACUCUUCACAAUGAGGGCGAUAACGAAACGUACUGGGCUCUGUACGAUCCCGACAUUACUAAAAACGUCGUACCAGCUGACGUCUAUAACGUCACUGGCGGAAAUAAGGAUGGCGGUGCGAAAGUUGUGUCUCCGAAAGGUGGAUUUGACACUGGAAAUAAACCUCUUCAGGACUUGUUUGGCCGUAGGCCAGAAAUCGCAGAGCGUACCCCAACACGAGCUAUCCCCUCAGCGACUGGAUCACCAAAGGCAACAGCAUCUCCGAGUCCCCAUCCGAAGUCCAAGCUUUCGGUCGGUGCCAUCGUGGGCAUCGCCGUCGGUGGUGCAGCAGGACUUGCACUUGUGCUACUUGUGUGGUUCUAUAUCGGCAAGAGAGUUAUCCGCCGUCGCGAGGCCAGACGCCAUUCUGCCAUGACACAGGUCCAUCACGGGUCAUACGGGGGAAGUGUGACCGGACCACCCAGCGCAGUCAGCCCACAAACAUGGCCCGGAAGUUGGACGAUGGGUUCUGAGCCUGUAAGCCCACAGCACGCCACUCCUCAUCAGGCAUUCUCCGUAUCUCAAGUACCGCCGACAGAGCUUCCUACUGAGCAUCCGGGCAUGCAUGACGUUUCUGAACUCCCUCAGUAUCCCGGUGGCAGUGGAAUGGAUGAUAUAUCCUGGAGUGAAGUCUAG